AUGGCCUCCACUGCAAACACAGUAUACGUUGUGACAGGUGCAAACAGAGGCCUCGGUCUCGGACUGACCAAACGGCUACUGGAACGCACUGCCACGACCAUCGUGGCCUCAGUGCGCAACCAGGACGCUGCCACAAGCCUUAGGUCAAACAUUGAAGGCAUUGUUAUUGGCCAAAAUAGCGCCCUCCAUAUUCUCGAACUGGACUUUUCAACUGCGAUAUCCCCCGAAGAGAUUGCACAGGUUUUCGCAUCAGCAGUUAGUACAGUGACGCAUAUCGAUGUGCUCAUCUGUAAUGCAGGAUUCGCAACACCCAUGACUCCAGCUCUUCUGACAUCGGCGGAAGACCUCCGUAAGUCGUUCGAGGUCAACACCAUCGCCCCACUCCUCGUGUUCCAGGCCUUCUGGCCACUCAUGCAGAGAUCGGAUUCUGCGCCCAAGCUCGUGGUCAUUUCCUCCUCUGUCGGUUCGAUCGCUGCUCAAGAGCCUGUUCCCGGUGGAGCAUAUGGUCCCAGUAAAGCAGCCUUGAACUGGCUUACCAAGGCUCUACAUGUUGAAAAUGAGAAAGAUGGCUUGGUUUCGUUUGCUCUGCAUCCUGGCUGGGUGCAAACGCGAGCGGGGGAUUUUGUUGCAAAGGAGUGGGGAUAUCCUGGUGGCCCACCCUUGACUGUUGAGGCAAGUGUCAAGGGAAUGCUUGGUGUUAUUGACAAUGCUACAAGGGAAAAUGUGUCAGGAAAGUUCAUAUCGCUAACUGGAGAUAUUUUGUCGUGGUAG